UGCACUUGUGGCUUGCUUGGCUGUUGCGGAACUGCGUCUGUGUGUGUGUGUGUGUGUGUGUGUGUGUUGUUCGUCUUUCUCUUUGUUUGUGUUGGGGUGACAUGAAGUGAACAAAUGGCGCAUUCAUUCAGCGACGUACAGCGCGCCGACUACCCACGGUGAUGGUACGCGAUACGGGCAGCAAGAACGCCGGUGGCGACCGCGGGGGCCGACAUGCGACAUCGUCGUCGUCCUCCUCCUCGCUGCAGCCGACUACGGGCACAGCCACCGGCACAAGCCACAACCGCAUCAACGAGAAGAUCAUCGCACACCUGCGCGAGCUGUACACACAGCCACAGACGGGCCUGAUUGACAUUGGUAGGAAGGUUGGCAGGCAGCUGCUUCCGCCCCGAGAGAAGAUCACCGUCCUACUCAUCGGCAACCACUCGGCCGGCAAGAGCACCUUCAUCAACUGGUACAUUGAAGAGACGUUGCAGAAGACGGGCGUGGCAAUGGAAACCAGUCAGAUCACCCUUGUCACCUCUGGGCGUCGACGCGAACAGCUUGGGGGCGAGGCCACGGUUGAAGCGUUCCCAUUCAUCAAGGACAUUGUCGAAGAAGCUGGGUUGAAGAGCAGCAUUGUCACAGAGGUGUCUGCGUCUCGCCAAAAGGCCUUUCCUUUGAUUACGUUUGUGGACACGCCUGGGCUGGUGGAUGGAGAGAUGCAGUAUGCCUUUGACAUCAAGAGGGCUCUUCUCAACCUGGGGCAGAUGGCAGACCUGAUUGUGGUGUUCUUUGACCCCAUUGGUCAGGCGCUGUCGAAACGAUCACUGGACAUUGUGGAGGCACUUCAGGCCCAGUGCGGUGACAACCACCACAAGAUCAGGUACUACCUCUCAAAGGCAGACACCGCCGGCACAGACCAGGACCGGCAAAAAGUGAUAACGCAGAUUAUCCAGAACAUGUGCCGGCGGCCCGCGCUGAACCAAGUUGCCUUUGAACUGCCCACCAUCUACAUCCCAAACGACUCUGACCCGCUGGAGAACAGCCGGGUCCCAAAUCAGAUUGAAGAGUUGGAGAUGCGCAUCAAGGAAACAAUCAACCACGUCGUGCAGAAUUCCCUCAACCAAUUCAAGAGUGACUCUGAGACUGUUCUGAACAGCAUUGACGAGACAAUCACCGAGCAGGAGAAGAAGCGGGCAAAGCAGCUUCAAUUUGUUCUGAUGGGCGCCGUGCUAAUGGCUGUGGGUGUGCUGUUGAUUGCUGCCGGCGCCCUUGCCCUUGUGGCCAUGCUUGCUGGGGACACACCAACUUGGCACGAGAUUGACCUGCACGCGUCCCCCUGGUUCUGGACCAUCACCUUUGCCAGCUACAAUGCAGUGACGCUGUUCAUGCGCCUGGCGGGCGAUUCGCUCGUUGGCCAAUAUGCGGCGCCCUGGACAUAUGUCACGCUGACGGCUGCUUCAUUUCUGGCUGGACACGCGCUUGCGUUUAAGCGUGGCAAUGUCCUCACCAAAGCGCAGCUGCAGGCCCUUCGCACUGAUCGCCAGACUGUCAAGAUGAGUCUGGAAAACAACUUCAAGACGCUGUACAGCACAUAUCUUGGGGAGGCAGUGGGUAACACCCGCUCCCUGUGACGCUGUGGCCUUCCUGUGUGCUGUUUUGACAAGUGCCGGCACGUGUCUGCUCGUGUUGUGAGACGAGGUGCUGCAGGAUCAACGUAUUUGCACACCCUUGCCCACUCGCCACUCGAAGCAACAUGAAGCCUGAUGCCUUUGCGCGCAACACGCACACACACACACACACACGCACACACACACACACACACACACACACACACACAUGCACACUCGGUGAUGCGACGCUUUGCUUUCGUGAAUCAAAUCAGAGGGAAUGUCAG